UCUUCUACUAAAAAAUCCGAGGAUAUGGAUGUUGAUGAUGAUGGGGAGGAGAUUGGAAAGUCGAAUAAAGACAGCACUGAACGUCAAGCUCGGUUCGAUUUAUCCGGCCUAGUUGUUCCACCUAAUGCUGUUUUAGAUACUCACUUGGGAUUGCAUCAUCAUGGUGAAGAACCAGAGAGAGCUGGUUAUACAAUUGGUGAAAUGUUUCACUUAUGUCGUUCCAGUGUACCAGCUCAACGUCGCUUGGCAUUAUCUAUGCUAGCAUCAGCACUGGCACAAACACGUCGUGGCAAGCAUAUUAGUUAUUUAGCUCCAAUCGAUUCGCCUAGUCUAAUCACCUGUCUGCUAUCAUCUAAAACAAGCCUGUCUGAAAAUUCAAGUGAAGUGACGAAAAAUAGUAGUGGUGGUUCCGGUGGUAUCCUCUUCUUAUUACGCUGGUGUUUAGAUGAAGCUGUGAGUACACUUACUAGCACAAAUGCUGUCGGUGGAGAUAAUAAUGAAACGUGUGGUGGUGCAUCGUUAACACUAGUUGUUGAAUGUAUUCGUUGUUUGGCUAAUUUAAUUUGUGAUACACAAGGAGAGAUUUUUCUCAACUACGCACAUGAAUGGUCUAUUGAAUUAAUUCACAAGUCGUGUUUAUUUAUUGCUCCACCUGUCCCAUUGAUGAAUCCACAUAGAAAAACUCAACAGUCAGCUAAUACUGAUGAUGAUGGUAAUAAUGAAGAAGGCAAUGACAGCGAGUUGGCUGCUACGGAUCCAGUUGAAUUUCUCUUCUUACGCUCACAAUUAGCCCGACGGAUUGCUUGGUUAUUGGCUCCAGGAAAAGGACGUGCCAGUGUAUGCUUACCAGCGGAUGCUGCUGGUCUUUGGUUGCCGAGUUUAAUUAUCCGAGGUAUACGUCAUUCACCUUCAGUAGCUUAUGAGAUCUUUCGUACACCGGAGUUAGUAUCUGCUCUACUGACGCGUUACCUUCCUGUUAAUGAAUGUCGCUCUUCCAGUAGAACCAAACCAACUAUAAUUAAUCGUCCUGAUCAUCUAUCAACAGCGAAUAAUACUCCAGUACCGUCUAUUCUGCGUUUAUGCCGCGUUUGGAUUCAAAGUUCACCAAAUACUCUAUUAGCAUUUGUUAAUGAUCAUUGUCUUGUUGAACGUUGUUUGUCUUAUUUGUACUGUGAUAUUAAUAACGAUAUAAAUAACCCGGAUUUAACAGUAGCUCAUUUAGUAGCCUUUAUACAUCAAUCUCUUCCAUUACAAUUGGCUAUUCAACUACAGAUUGAAUCAAUUCGUUGUUUAGGUGUAUGUGUAUCGCAGGCAACAGCAUCAUACAAAGCUGUUCAUCUAUUAGAGAAAAACCUAUCGAAUAUUUUCCACUCUGCAGAAAAAUGUUGGCUUUUAUAUCAUGCUAAAUUUAUCAUCAAUAAUGAAAAGCAACAAGGUGUACAUCUUAAAGAGGAUCAUCAUUAUUAUUAUUAUCUUAGCCCACUCUUAGGCAGUUGGAUCUAUUUUCUAGUGGAUUUAUCACGAUAUCUCAUAGAGCAUAAAAAGAAUGCUCUAGUUCAACAGCAAACAGUUCAAAGAAUCAUUGAAAGUGUAUUAAACUGGUGUUGUCAACUUGCACAGCAUAUUGUUCAACACAUGAAAAGUGAUCUUAUCACACCGAUUUGGGAGAGUUUUGAACUUGAUUUAACGGAAGCUGGUUUGAAUACAUCGCUUAUGAGUGUGGCGAUCACUUCCAUUCCUAGUUGCCUUCACCUGUUGUCGCGAAUUGAUAUACAACUUAAAACUACAUCCUACGAACAAGUUAUUCAUCACUGGGAUAAUACACUCCUGUCAAUAUUUAAACUUAACUUUUGGAAUCAAAUGCUGUGUCGAUUUGUAAGAAAUGAAAGUAUCCUUACUGGUUAUCCAAUGCAUGUACGUGAUGUGUCAGCCAGCCUGCUACCCGAUUCGUGCACAAAUAUUAUACAACAACAACAACAAGCAGAUAAUGAAAGGAAACUUGACUGGAGCUCUGUUGAUCAUGGUAUGCUUUUAGAUGAUGGCGUUCUACAACUAGUCAGUUUAUCGCCAAAUUGUCUACCAGACUAUGGAUGUGCACUACACUUUGCGUAUAAUGCGCAUUACACUCGGUUAACUGGAUUAGUAUGGCCAAAAGUUAAUACCAUUGCUGUACGACAGACAAAUACACGACAGGAGGAUGAAUGUGAUCAAGUCACACUGAGUCCAGAGCAGAUGAAUACAAGAUAUCUACCUCUGAUGUCAGCUAUGAUAAGCAUUUUAGAGUGUUACUUCUUACAAUUCAGAAUACAUAUGAUAGGAAGGCGACAUGAGUUGUCAAUGUUGAGUACUACUCUGUUUGAUCCUUUAAUUGAUUGGAUUAAACGUUUCUGUCAAAAAUCAUGUCUUCAAUGGAAAUCACUCAGUGUCACCGCUGAGCAGAAAUCAUCAUCGUCAGCACCGGAAGAACAACAACCGAAUCUAUUGAUAUCUAUUGAGUGUGAAUUGAUCGCCAGGAUACUGUUGUUAUUCUCUCAAAUUUUAGAACAAGAUGAAUCUGCUUUGUCGGGAUAUUUAAAAUCCGCAUUGACUUCGGAUAGUUUUGGCGGUUAUAAUAUAAAUCAUUUAGCUGCUUUACGUAUCCUUCCGUAUUUACGUAAAGGGCAAGAAGGCCUGAGAAAUCGUCUGAUCUCUGAAGUUGUAUUCAGCAGUCGACAAAUUGAAAUUAGCAACAAUAUGAAUAUUGAACGUAUCAUACCGCAUUUACCUGAGAUAAAAGAACUUUAUUAUCAUGAAUUAGUACACGUGAUGUCGUCAACGAUAACAACAGCAACAGCGGAAACCUCACAGAAUAAUGAGAAUACUCAUCAGUCGAGUUUAUCAACUCACCUUGAAGACAUUACUGAAGAGGACUCUGUGAACCAAUCAUCAGCUGACAGUCAUGUGGAUUUUAAACUAGGUCCUAUAUUUUCAAAACGUAGAUCUAUCUGUGAUAGAUUGAUUCCAGUAGAAUGGGUGUAUACUCCAUUCAUUCAUGCAUAUUUAUUAUCAAAAUCGAAAAAGAUUAAUGAAGAGGAUGAAACUUAUCGUAAGCUUAUAUUGGAUCGUUCAAUGAACUGUUUAUUAUGGAUAAGGUUCCUUCAGAGAAUUUCCACACUGUGCCAGUCUACUGAUAGUCAUUCCUCCUGUGGAUUUAUGCAACCUAUUGAAUCGAUUGUCCGACUGACUGUUGGUUCUAUAGCAUAUCCUGGGGCUGGAGGUUUAGGCUUUUCACCAACUGGUCAACUUCUAGCUGAAAUUUUGUAUUCUAUUGGACCAAUAAAAAAGUUGUCGACUAUAGCAACUACUACUAAUACUGCUUCUACUACUGGCGACAGUGAAUUAGCUUCUCUUCUGGAAAAUGUUAGUCUACCAGUCACUUGUCCAUCAUUCUAUGACGUAUAUGUUGAUUUGGUGAAUCACUACAAUGCAUUAUCAUACAAUUCUCCAGUGUUUGCAAAUCUUGUCCUAUGGCCAUGUCAACAAGCUUGUCAUGUUAAAUAUAGACGUGCACUGUGGGGAGAACAUCAACAAUCUUUGAAUUCACUUCGUAUUGUUUUAAAUCAACUUCUGAUACCAUUGACAAGCUUUCUUGAACCAGAAGAAACCAACUCCAGUAUGAUUCGUGUAUAUGCAUCUGCAAUCCUCUCUGGUACAGUUCAAGUCACACGUCAACCUUUGUUAUUCCUGAUUGCAGUGCAUCAUUUAAAUCGAUAUCUAUACAACAGAGCUAAUUGUAACAGUGAAUUCACACAACAAUUUGUACGCUUGUGUAAACUAUUACCACAAAUGUCUGACGUUAAACUAUCAUCAGCGUCAGCAUCAUCAGUUCAAACAGUUGGCGGUAGUAAAAGUGAUCUUCUCAAUCUAUUGCGUUAUUAUAAACAACCAAAUAAAUGUUGGUUACAAGUGAAGUCACUCAAACUGAAUACAAAUUUAAAUGUUGACGUACACGAUCCACUAGUAGAACGCCUAGUCGACGAUAAGGACGACAAUAUGAAUGGUACUGGUGGUGAUGAUGAUUAUAUGAGCAUAGCAUCUUCAGCCACCUUCAGUGAAGCUAUUAUCAAAGCUGGUAUAGAGUGUUACCAGCCAGAUAAUUUACCUCAACAUCGACAAUUGUAUUGGAAACAGUUAUUUGAAAAAGUAUGA